CUGGCAGUGACGCGUCGCGCGCUUUAGUCGAUGCACGUAUUUGCAAGCUUCUUAAAGUGCGCCUUGUUUUCCUUCAACGCGAAAGAAAUACGGUCGAUAACACAAAGCCGCGUGCAAAAUAAAAACGUUAGCUUAAAUCAUCAAGUUCGUUUUUCGUGUGCUUAUAUUUUAUCGAAUUAUUUUUGAGGUGUCAAUUAAGAUAUCGAUGUAAUCGCGUGACGACCGGCGUCAACAAUGUAGCCAUAGUGACGCGAUGUUGACAGCUUGACAGAUAACAAUUUGCCGUGAUUAUUUACAUUACAAAAGUUACAAUGUCAAUUUACUUUUUAAAAAUAUGUUAAAAGUUGAUAAUUGUUUGCUGAAGAUUUUUGUAGGCCUUAAUUGAUUUUGGUAGCAAAUAUAAACACGAUCAAAAAUGGGGAAUGGCAUGAAUAAGGUAUUGCCGGGUCUCUAUGUUGGCAAUUAUAGAGACUCCAAGGACCCCGUACAGCUGGACAAAUACAAAAUAACUCACAUAUUAUCUAUACAUGACGCAGCUAGAAGACUACACGCAGAUAAACACUACCUCUGCAUUAUGGCAUCCGACUCUCCUGAUCAGAACCUAACGCAGUAUUUCAGCCUUUGUAACGAUUUCAUACAUGCUGCGCGAUUAAGGGAUGGAAAUGUUCUCAUACAUUGUUUGGCUGGCAUGUCUCGGAGCGUGACGGUGGCUGUCGCAUACAUAAUGUCCGUCACGCCGCUGACUUGGCGUGAGGCAUUAAAAGUGGUCCGUGCGGGGCGUGCCGUCGCCAACCCUAAUCUCGGAUUCCAGCGUCAAUUGCAAGACUUCGAAACCUACAAGCUCGUGGAAGAAAGGAGGCGCCUUAAAGAACGAUACCCAUCUUUAGCUUUAGCAGAUAACGAUCUUGCAGAAUGCCGUGUAAUGCUUGACUCCUAUCAAACUAUGCUGAGCCAGCGAACCAUCUGUGAAGGAAAAUGCUCAAUGGGUCGAGAGUGUCCCACGGGAGUAUGCAGAACUGGUUCCAAGAGGCAGCCACGACCGCGAAGGCCAUCAACGACGUCAAGCGCGGGUGAUACUGCCGGAUUAAAGAGAUCACCUUCGACCUUGUCAACAACAUCUACCGCGUCUGGUUACCGACCACGAUCUUCACCGGCUGGCCUUUAUAGUUACACUGGAGUUCCCUCUCGGCCAACUCGAUCAGCAUCAGGGCUAUCCAUAACGCGUGUAACUGAUCCCGUCGGCGGGGGGUCAGCAAUGGCAGUCGGCGGCAGUGAGUAUUCCCGAAGGCGAGCCGCAUCCGCACCCGCUACACCGGCGCUAUCACCAGCGUCAUCGCCACCUGGCUCACCACACCGAGCCCCUCAUAGUGGCGGUUGUGCAUGGGUCAUACCUACAGUGAACUGGGAUCCCGGCUCAUUGUGAUCGUGUCACGGGUACUUGUCUCCACAGUGACGCCCGCACAAGAUCGCGUGCACUCCAGCGUUGCUCGUAGCAGGCAACGCAGCGUGGACCCGCGCCCGGCCAGCGCGCUAAACGCAUUUGACGUCCUUUGCAUUAAACGUAACGACAUUCCACUGAGUCCCGUUACAAUGCUGUGUUCAGAUAAACUAAGCGUAUUAUAAUUAUAGUCUGUUACGAAAUGGGUCAUUUGCUCCCUUACAGCUAUGAAUACUUUACAGCUAAUGUUUUAUCUGAGAGCAAAUUGACGAUGCAUUUUUAAUCUGACGUUUGGAUUUAAUGGAAUGAUAAAGUAAGUUAAGGGAUAUUAGCUUACAUAAGUAAAAUGGAUUUUAAUAAAGGCCAACAAAGAACUUGUAGUGUAUUCGUCGUCAAUUUUGUGAUGUUUUAUUAUUUUCAGUGAUGCUAGUUCGAUGGAAGAUAUUCUAAAGAAUGUAAUCGAUGUAAAUAAAUGCUACCUGUGAUUAUGUGAUUUGUUAAUAAACAUCGAAGAAUUUCUAGAACUAUUUAUAUGUAUAGAUAAUGUUUUUGUUUUUGUUCUGCGAGGCUGAAGAGAAGUAUUAACGGAUAAUUGACUUCGUCUACGUUAACUGGACUGGCGGUAAUUGUACUAUAUUUUUAUAUGCAAAUUCAGUUCACUAGACUUUGCUAGGUUGCGUGUCUAGAAUAUAAUGCUUUUUUAUAUUGUAAAUGCACUUUUUGUACACAGCAUAGAAUAGCUAUAUUAUGUUAACACAUUCAAUUUUAUGUAAAUACAUGUUUGGUGUUGGAGAUAUAAUAUGCAAAUAAGCAAAAAAAAAAUUGUGAUUGCCCCAAACAUUGCAUGUUCAGGACCUACGUAUCUAGUUUUUGAGGACGUUUAACUUCUGUAUACUUCACACAUCACACGAUCAUAGUCUGCAACUUCUGAGAUCACUGCAUUAAUUCGGGGCCAUUCAAACUAUCGAUCAAAUAUACGUUAGGCAGAUCUCAUAGAGCAUCGCAAAUCAAGUAGUUAAUUUGACAUCGUUACCUUAAUAACAGAGUAAUAUCCCCUUACAAUAAAGAAUUAUGUUUAUGAGUAAAAGGCAACGCUUACAUAUUUGUGAAAAUUGUUACUCAAGAUGGUGAAAUUGGGGAUAAAGUUUUUACAGAAGUUAACCGUUUUUCAAUGUUUAAAAUAUGGACAUCGGUGAAUUGGGUUAUAUUUAUGAGUAUAAGAUAGUUGGUAUAGAGUUUUUGAAAAUACAACCUUUAAAAAAGGUGAAAUUAGAGAUAACAAUUUUGUUUCUAUACAAAUAUAUAUAUUUUUUCUUUUAAAAAUCCAUCCCGUAAUGGGGCUUAAUAAAGGAUAAAAUUUUGUAAGGAAGUUAGUCGUUUUUGAAAUUCGAUAUAUGGAAAUUGCUCUAUAGUAAACGCAGAUUAUAAAAAUAAUGAAAUUCGGAGGGUCUCUGUAUAAUGUUUCCAAUGGAUAAUCCGACCGGGUACAUCGGGUACGGCUAGUUUAUUAAGAAAAAAUACUAUUACGAAAAGGUUAGCGUGCCCGAGGAUAUUUCCUAGAUAUAAAAGCAUUUGAAGGGUGUCUAAAUUUUCUCAUAGAUGUCUAAAUUAAAAAAAAUAAUUAUUAAAUGAAAAAAAGAAUUUAAUAUUCUUAAGACCAAAGAUAGCUCUUGUUGGUUACUGCAAUAGAAAGAAAUAUUAAUAUACUUCUGUUUAAAAAUAGACAUUUACGAUAUAUUAUAUGUUUUGUUGAGUAUUUGCAGUUAUCCAGUUUAUCGGCAUUCACUGAGACUUUUACAACUCCAACGUAAUGAUAAUGAUGUUAUGAUGUAGCGCUGAAUAUCAGAUUUUAUGCAAUUUGGUGCUAGCUACGUGUAUUGUGAGAGUAAACAGUUGCUUACAUCAAAAUGGCGUCCACGGAAGAACAUUGGAAAAUAUUGUUAAUAUUUCUUUCUCUAAAAUGUAAAAAUUUAAUACUUAUUAAAAUAAAAUAUAUUUUACUUUAAUAUUAAAAAAUAUAUUUAGUAUUUUAAAAAAGGAACAUUUUGAAAAAAAAGGUCAAGUAUCCUAUACCUAUUAGAAAGAGAUAGAUCUCGUUACAUUGUAAUUCCACAGGAAUUGGCCAAAUUUAAUAGUCAUUACGACUUGAGGAAACAAUUUUAUGUACGAAAUAGACCAAGAAACUCGUACUAAAAGACAUUCUAACGCGAGGAAAAGAGAAAACUCCGACUUAAAUAAAAAAUUAAAAUUUUCUAUCAAAAAUUGGUCAUCAUAACCAUGAUCAAUAAUUAAAGUACAAUUACAGUUCUCAGAUUAUAAAACAAAAUGUUGAAGGCGUGCCGAACAUUAUAAUGAAGAAACAAAAGUGCAUACAGAAGCAAAUUUCCGGUAGUGCGAAACGACGCGUAUUUUUUAAUACGUCAAAAGUAAUUAUGACGUAUUAACAAAUUGAUACCUACUAUGUAUUCGCUUUUGUACCUUCACUUUAAUAUUCGGCGCGCGCUAUCUGUAUUAUGUUUUAUAAUCUAAGUUACACCAUAAUAUGUAAAAAAAUAAUAUAUAUUUACUGUCGCCGACGUAUAUCGGUUGUAAGAUAUUUAUUAUAAACAAGUCUGGCUGGUUCAGACGUGGAAAUUGCGAUUUUUAUACAAAAAAAAUGUGUACCUAUUGAUAUCUAUCUACGUUUAAUUAUUAUAAGAAAAUUUUCAAUCCUAAUAUAUAAAUAUGAAACUAUUCUUAAUUCUAUCUAUGACAUACUAAUCUACUUGAAAAUCUUUCCUACUUUUUAGAAAUUUAUAAGAACGCGUAGGUGCACGGUUAGGAAAUGAAUAGCUACGAAUCUGUAGCAUAAAAUCUGUUGAAUUUUUUAUAAAGUACUUAUAAUUUAUUUCUUCAUCUUUCUAUUCAUAUAAGAACUUUUUUCUCUCUAAAUCCUUUCUUUAAUCGACCAUCACAACACUAAAGCGCAACUUAUGUAUGGUAGAGUAUUUUUUUGUUUAUUCUUUCAUUUAUUACGUGCAUUGUGUCACUGUUUUAAUGUUAUGUUCAAAUAGUAUAAAAAUUUAAUAACACGAUGGAAUAUUGUAUAGUUAAGUCGAUUUUCUUAUUUUAGUAGAGUAUGUACUACAGCUUCCACAUUCAAAACUCAUUUAUAAAACCUAUUUAAAAGUAAGUUGGUUUGAACGUUAUUAAAUUUAUAUUUUGUGCAAAUUAUAUUUAAAUAAACUAUGCCUUACCUUGUCUUUGCUCAAAUUGUAAAUUAAUUCCGUUCAUUAUUGUCUUUGGUUAAGACCUUGCACUAAGUAUAUAAGGCAUUAAAAACUCUUCAAUUUCUCUUAGGUAUAAUAAAUAAGUUGUGAACUCUUGCAUAUCUCUUUCUCACUCUUUCAAUAGGGCUUAGCCGUAAUACAUUGUGAUUUAGAUGCCUUUAGCGCGGUGGCAAUGUAGUGUAACUAGAGCGGAUACAAAGUCAUUUCGUAAAAGCUGCCACUGUUGCUUCAUAAAAGUGUAGGUCGAUAGAAUCUAAGUCUACAUUUUUCUUAUCUAGUAUUUAAGUGCUAUAUAUUUGUUUUAGGCUAUAAACAAAUCAAAUAACCCGUUCAUAAUUAUUUUGCGAAAAAUUACUUACUACACAUCUUUAAAUUCUAAAUUGAAUUACUUAAACUUUUUAAAAAAUAAAUGAACUUCCUCUCUUCAUAUAAAAUGCGUAUAAUGAAACAGAAGUGAAAAUAUUUUGAGAAAGGUUUAAGAGCACUAUUUUUAUCCAUUUAUAAAGGUAUACAAAUUUUUUAAGUUAUACACACCCACUGUUACGUAUUUUGUUUUUGUUAAAAUGAAUAUACAAACAUCACACAUGACAUGUUAAAUAUAUAUACUCUUUUAGGGGUUAUGAAACGUAUUUUGUUGAUAUAAUAUUAGUACGUUUGUUUGAGCUUCGAAACGAUAUCACAUGGAAGCAAUAAAACCUAAUGUAAGAUUCUAAAUAAA